CUCCUCAGAUUGUCGCAUUCAAUGCCAAAAUUAAACGUCGUCGCUAUAGCUGACGACGGUGUGCGCAGUAGCAUCGCUUUAGUUCCCGACCGUUUACGGAUGGCAAUAUAGUGCCUGCAAAAGCCAUGAGCAAUCGUAAGCGAUGCGUUGAUGUACUUCGUGGCCUCUUACCCGCCGUCUCCCGUGCGCGUUCAAGUGUACUUAACGCUUCAAGAUCACGAGCAGCUCCGAAGUCGCCGUCGGUACUUCAGAUGUUUGCGGCUUAAAAAUUUGGCCCAAGAAGUGGCAGCAGUUUCUCUUUUUCGUCGUCAAUAUCCGCGUUGUGUCAUCAUCGUGGGGCGGCCGCAGUGCGCACGAUUCGGACCAGGAGCUCGAAUUCCAUUGUUAUUAUUGAUGGGCAGCAAUUAACGUUCAAGAGUUAUACGUUGUCAGAGACAAUAACAAUGAAUCAAGUGAUGUACAACAGCACGCAAUAGGAAAGAAUUUGGGACACAGAGAGGAGCAAUUUGAGGUGAUAAAAGAGGAUUUGCAAAAAUCACAGACACGCGGUCUCUACUAACGAUAAAAGUACCAAUGGUCAUGGAGUGCAAUUGCUUAAAAACAAAAUUACAAGUUGAGCAAUAGACCAAAGCUCAAGCUGUUGUCGUCACGUCAAGGUAUCAUUCUAAUGCAGAGCUUGAUGUCAGAUUAGAGUACUGAAUACUACGGAGGGUUUAACGAAAGCGUUUAGGUUUGCAAAGCGUCUUGUAUUUUCGAGCUUUUUUGUCCAAAUAGCGUUUCCGAAAAUUGUUUAGUACUGCAUGAUAGCGUUUCCGAAAUUGUUUACAACUGCACUGACUUCUAUCUAUGUAAACGAUGCUGUUCGGGGACUGAUU